GGCCCCCAGAACUUCCUAGUCCCUGGCCAGGUCCCCCAGCCCGGAGCUGGGAUCCUGCUGAGUGCUGUGAGGCCAGAGCCUGGCGCGGGCCUCUACCCUGUCCCUGGACUCGGGACUGGACGCGGAGAACGGAGCGCUGUUUCCCAGGGCCCCCACCCUCAGCCAGGCGGGUACCACGGCAGGGGCUGAGCCAGCCUCAUGGAAGGGAGAGGACCAUACCGGAUCUACGACCCUGGGGGCGGCGUGCCUCUGGGAGAGGCGUCCUCAGCUUUUGAGCGCCUAGUGGAGGAGAAUUCCCGACUGAAGGAAAAAAUGCAAGGGAUAAAGAUGUUAGGGGAACUUUUGGAAGAGUCCCAGAUGGAAGCAUCCAGGCUGCGACAGAAGGCAGAGGAGCUGGUCAAGGACAGUGAGCCACUCCCACCUCCAUCUCCCCCUUUGGCCUCCUUCAGUGACCUGGCUGAGCUUGCAGGAAAGGACACAGCUGUCCCAGCAACCCCUGCUGACCCGGCACACCCAAGCGACAAGCCAGAGCCAGUCCCCAAACCUCCAUCCAGUAACACCUCCUCUGAAUUUGAACUGGUCCCCGCCGAGGGGCCUUCUUCACCAGAGAGCAGCGGCCACACCAGAAAUACGAUGGAGCUGGGCCCCCUGCCCCAGGAGGACAGCAACCUGAUGCUGCACCUGCAGCGCCUGGAGACCACCCUGAGCGUGUGCGCCGAGGAGCCCGACCACAGCCAGCUCUUCACGCACCUGGGCCGCAUGGCCCUCGAGUUCAACCGGCUGGCCUCCAAGGUGCACAAGAACGAGCAGCGGACCUCCAUCCUACAGACGCUCUGUGAGCAGCUUCGGAAAGAGAAUGAGGCCCUGAAGUCCAAGCUGGAUAAGGGCCUGGAACAGCGGGAUCAGGCUGCUGAGAGGCUGCGGACUCAGCUGCAAUUCAGACGAGUAGGCUGUCUGAGACCCCCUGUCUCCUCUACCGGGGGCCGGCAGUAUGACCUUCCUGUUUGCCUCCAACCCAGGGAGGAAAACCUGGAACUUAGGAAGUUGUUGAUGAGCAGCAGUAAAGACGGUGCCUCUGGGCGGCCAGGCUCACCAAAGAUGGAAGGCGCAGGCAAGAAGGGGGCGGCGACACUGCAGCAGACUGAUGUUGUGGAUUUAGACAAGAAGACCACAGGAGUGACAUCGUGUAACGCGUCAAGGGCUGGUGUGACGACAGGUAAAACCCCAGAGGCGGGGGCCCUGGGUGCGGCUGAGAAGAAGGUGAGGCUGCUGGAACAGCAGCGCGCAGAGCUGCUGGAAGUGAACAAGCAAUGGGACCAGCAUUUCCGGUCCAUGAAGCAGCAGUACGAGCAGAAGAUCACGGAGCUGCGACAGAAGCUGGCGGACCUGCAGAAGCAGGUGACUGACCUGGAGGCUGAGCGGGAGCAGAAGCAGCGCGACUUUGACCGCAAGCUGCUCCUGGCCAAGUCCAAGAUAGAAAUGGAGGAGACCGACAGGGAGCACCUGACCGCAGAGGCCAAGGAGCUGCGCCAGAAGGUCAAGUACCUGCAGGACCAGCUGAGCCCCCUCACCCGGCAGCGGGAGUACCAGGAAAAGGAAAUCCAGCGGCUCAACAAGGCCCUGGAGGAAGCACUGAGCAUUCAGGCCUCCCCGUCCUCUCCAACAGCAUUCGGGAGCCCAGAAGGAGCUGGAGGCCUGCUAAGGAAACAGGAGCUGCUCACGCAGAACGAAUUGCUGAAACAGCAGGUGAAGAUCUUUGAGGAGGACUUCCAGAGGGAGCGUAGUGACCGGGAGCGCAUGAAUGAGGAGAAGGAAGAGCUGAAGAAGCAGGUGGAGAAACUGCAAGCCCAGGUCACCCUGUCCCACGCCCAGCUAAAAGCCUUCAAAGAUGAGGAAAAGGCGAAAGAUGCCCUGAGACAGCAGAAGAGGAAAGCAAAGACCUCUGCAGACCGCUACCACCUGGAGCCCCAUCCGGAGCACCUCUGCGGGGCCUGCCCCUAUGCCUACCCACCCAUGCCCCCCAUUGGGCCGCACCCCGGCUUUGAGGACUGGUCCCAGGUCCGCUACCCCCCACCCCCCACGGCCAUGGAGCACCCGCCCCCACUUGCCAACUCACGCCUCUUCCGUCUGCCAGAAUACACCUGGCGGCUGCCCUGUGGAGGGGUACGUAAUCAGAGCUCCCAAGUGAUGGACUUACCUACGGCCAGGCCUACGGAACCAGAGUCCACCAAAAAUGACCGUGAAGGACCUCAGUGAAACCAGUCCCUUGGCUCCACCUUCGUCUCACAGAGCCAGCCGACUUCAGAUUACUGAAAAGCUAGAGGCCACAGGCUCUGUGUGGCCAGAGCUGCAGCCACUCGGGAGGCUGAGAUGGAUGGCCGGCUUGAGCCCUGGCCCCAACCUGGACGGUCUGCAGACUAGAGAGGCUCCAUCCAGAAGGUGUCCAUCUGGGCCUCUCCUUUGGAGUGACUGGGAAAAGCCCACUACUGUGCCCCCGAGUGGAGAGAGGUGUCAUCUGGCCUGGACCUGCCGUCUUCUGCGGACACUGCUGGCAGAUGUCAAUCUCCAGAUGGUGCAGUUGAGACCCCCGUUGGCCGAGGGGCUCCAGCCUGGAGCCGCCAGGCCCUCAGCUGGAGGCUCGUGGUGUGGAGGCCUGGACUGGGGUGGUUCUUGAUCCCUGGACAGCUGUUUGCACGAAUCUUGGACAUAAAUCCUAGUUGGAGAUCA